AAUCCAACGCGUUAUCAGAUCGAUUUGGUGCGUGUCAAAGCUGCUUUGUUGACGCUGCUUGGAUCUGAAUGUCAGGAGAUGACUACGCCCGAAAAGUCUCCUACCAGAGAUCAUCCUGAAGAGUUCCCAAGCUCAAAAAACGAGAAAGCCACCAUUGAGCUUGAAAAUCAAUACGAGCACAAGCUAGCUCUCGAGCUGGAACGCUUUGACCAUCUGUCUGAAGAAAUAGAAUCCAUUCAACAGAGAUGCGAAAGCUUAUUGCAAGCCCAAACAAUAGAACACGAGGCUGCGAUUCGAGAUGCAGAAGGACGCACGAAACGCGUCGAAAAGGAGCUGCGCCAACAAAUAGAGCGCCUGUACGAAGAUGCAAAGCACAAUGAACAUAUGUUCCGGGAGGUAAAUAGAGAAUUGUGAUACGGUAGGUAUUGACCAGCAGCAUUACGGUAGGUUCUUGACCAGCAAGAGCAUGAGUACGAAACAGAGCUUCAACAACUUAUGGCUGCUGCUCAAGCAGAGUUGGCUAUCGAACGUGAAUGUACAGCUGAAGCUAGGGGCCUAAUUCAGGCUCGAAAUACAAAAAUUUCACGACUUGAUAAGCGUCUGGAUGCGCUCAAGACUGCCAGUCAUGCUCGGAAUGUCCUCUUGACAGCCGAGAAAGUACGCAAUGCGAAGCUUGAAGCCACCCUACGACACUUUAAGCGCCACAUGGAAGAGCGCGAGUCUACGCUUGAAGACAAAGAACUUUCCAUUUUAAAUCUUCGGCGAAAAAAUGUGACUUUGGAUAAUUUCCGGCUUGUGCUGGAUCAUCGAGUACAACGACUCGUACAGGAACGAGGGCCUAUCACUCGACAUGUUGAGGGUCUAGAAGCUCAUAUUACCGCGAUGUACGAUGAACUAGAAGCAGACUAUUACGAGAGGAAGAGGAGGAAGCAACAGCUAAAUUCCAAGGACUCAAAAGUAAUCUCUUUGGGACAGGAGACUGCAACCUUACGAGGUUUACUUCGGGAGAGAGAUGCGUAUAUUGCCUCCUUUAAGCGCAUGUUGUCCACGCUGGUUGAGGUUACGACACCGAAGGACUUGGAAGACGCAGUCAAAAAUGCAUAUUGCAAGUAUAUAAGAGAUGAAGGAUCACAACAUCGAUCGAGUGGCAAUUCCUUUGAAGAACAUCAGGAAUGCAGACAAGUCUAUCCUUAUGGUCUGGAUAAUGCACUAGUUGAGGCGCAUUCACAGCGAAUUCGUGCUCAGAAAGCCACAGAGAUUUCAGAGCAUCGUCUUUGGGUUGAAAGGGGCAAUGCCCAGCGGCUGCAGAGGGCCAGACUUGGUAUGUCUUUGUUCACAUUUUCCUUGCAUCAACUCGCGAUUAGGCGAAAACUCACUCUUAAUUGCUGAAUGCAGUUCGUUAAGAGGCGAAAGCUUAUCACUCGCACGAGAUAUCAGUCAUUUGCGACAAGUAAUGAAGGACCACGACGAAAAAAAGCGUCGCAAGGCACCCCAGUCGCACAAAAUGGCGCAACAUCAUGUCUCCCCCACUCAUGGUGAAAGUCAUUUCGCGCUCGGCCCUAGUCUAGCGCUGCAGGCAGCUGAUUUACCAUUGGAAUCAUCUGGCAGUCAGGGGUUUCCAAGACGUAAAUUCGAUAGAGAACCGAAGCCGCCUACUUGGCGACCGACUCAAAAAAGACUUUAUCGAGGAUCUACAAGGGCACUAAAUCUAUUGUCUGAUCGCGAUGCCCGAAUCGUUCAAGUAAGUCAUCUUUCUUCACACAUUUUGUAACUCAAAAACCAUAGAUGGAAUCUGCACAUGAUGCAAACACGAGAGUAAUUGAAACUCAAAAAAUGGAAAUCAAGCAGCUUCGUAAACAGUUGCAAAAGGAGCAUGGUCCAGGGGAGUCUAGAGAUGGCCAAAGGUCGACCUCUAAAAUCAUAAAAAUGGUGUAAAAACUGGCUCAACGCCACGACAUAAGUACCCGAGUGACCCCUUUCCACCAGCCCGGUCUCGGGAUCAAAAUUCGCCCCCGGAAAAGUGGCUGGGAACUCGAAUCUUAAAUUUUGGGUCCGCGUCCUUGUUUAGACUGGAGUUCGAGCUAAUCUUAUCGUUCGCUCCCGGAGAUGCGUCCCAGACCAGCGAGUGCCCUUGCCCGUUUUUCAAAUAGCAGUCUGUGACCCCAAGUCCGACCCCCUUCAGGGAGUCAGCUACCGUCACACGUGUUAUGACCGACCGGGUUAUUAACUCCGAAUCCCCUCCGAGGGUUAUUAACAGGUUACUUACAACCCGCAUUUACCCGCACCAGCCCGCAUCUACCCUGGUGGCGCCAGGGGCUGUUAAUUUGCGAUGUGGCCAUUUCACCGCCGCGAUCCCAUAUCGGCGCAGCUAUCGGCGCUCAGGCAGCAGGCCCUCCGAGAGUCUGGCCGGCCCUCCCCCUAGUAUCCCAGCUUCAACUUCCCCCAUGUCAACGUCAAGUAAACGUAGUCCUACUUCUGCUGGGUUCUUCCGGGCUCUUUUGGACGUCCAGUGGCCAAGUAGGUCCAGUGGGGCCGUGUAGCAUACUUUCUGAUUUCAAUGCCCAUUUGGGGAUUUGUUUGUUUUGGAAAGCACCCAGCCUCACAUACAUUUAU